AUGCUUAUUAAAGAAUACCGCAUUCCAGUGCCGAUGAGCGUCGAUGAAUAUCGGAUUGCUCAAUUGUAUAUGAUUGUGAAAAAAAGCCGUGAAGAAACCAAUGCUCCUGGUAGUGGAGUUGAAAUUAUCAAAAAUGAGCCUUACACAAACGGACCUGGUGGUAAUGGGCAAUAUACGUUUAAGAUUUAUCAUAUUGAACGUCAUCUACCAGCAUGGUUCAAAGCAAUAUUGCCGGCAAAUGCAAUGAAAAUAGAGGAAGAAGCAUGGAAUGCAUAUCCAUACACAAAAACACGUUACCGUUGUCCAUUCAUAGAACGAUUUGUACUUGAAGUUGAAACAUGUUAUCAAGCUGAUUUUGGUACACAAGAAAAUAUAUUUAAUUUAAAACCACAAGAACUCGAACAACGUGUUAUUGAGUUUCUCGAUAUUGUUCAUAGUCAACCAUUAGCUGAUAUAGCUGCAGAAAAUCCCGGUUUAUUCCAUUCGGACAAAACAGGACGUGGCCCAUUACUUCCGGAUUGGUUCGAACAAAUGAAAAUCAACGCUCGGAAAGAGUCAAUUAUGUGUGCUUAUAAAUUAUGUCGAGUUGAAUUUCGCUAUUGGGGAAUGCAAAGUAAAUGCGAACGGUUCAUACAUGAAAUAGCUUUACGCAAAACAAUCUUACGUGCUCAUCGUCAAGCCUGGUGUUGGCAAGAUGAAUAUCAAGGUUUAACGCUAGCUGAUAUACGGCAUUUAGAAGACGAAACUCAGCGUGAAUUAAAUAAACGCAUGGCAAAUUUUCAAAGUCAAAAUAUAAGCUUAUCAAUAACAAAUCCCAAUGCAGAUGAUGAGAAUACAGGAACAACUGUAAAUAACGAAUUAAAUCAACCAUUAUCAUCAAUGCGAAAUCGGCAACUAUCUAUCGAUAAUAUAAAUGCGAAUCGAUCAAGAAUUAAUACAUUUCCUAUUCCACCAUUGCCAAGAGAUGAAACUGGCGACGAUGAAUAUUUUGAUGCUGAAUCUCAUAUUGAUGCCGUAAUGCCUUCUCGGUCUUUUCGAAAUCUCAAAUUAUCAUCCACCAAUGAACGACUAAUAAGAAGUGUUGAUGAUGACGAGCGAACCUAUAUUAGUCUAUCGUCCGAUGAUGGUGAUAACAUAUGUUCAAUUGCUUAUCUUAUAUUAAUUUUCUAUGGCGGUAAUGUGUUUUCAACAGAAGAUUCAUUUGAAAGUGCAAAACAAACUGAUUUUCUUAGUAUUCGUACGACAUUUGAUACUGUCAUACGAAAUCACUAUUCACACAUCGAAGGCAAACUAGCGAUACGUUUUGUUGAAUGCCCUUCAAUAUGCAUAGAAACGAUUAAUCUACUUAAUAGUUUAUCACCCUAUGGAAUAACAAGCCUAUCCUACGAUAUAGCACAUAGUGAAACAAUGCCAAUAAAUGCGAUACCACUGUUUGCUAUAGCAAAUCCAAAUUAUCAAACUACAUUAAACUAUGUUAUUGAAUCGGCCAAUAAGGUUUAUCAAGAAUUUUUAAUAUCUAAAGAAGGAAAAUAUUUUUCUGGACAAAUUAUUGUUGUUGGCGAUGCUAAUGGAGCUAUUCUAGCUUAUGAUGCUUUAUGCUUGAAUCAUAGUUUUGAUGAUGCAAUUUCAUUAUAUGGUGAAGAUGCUUCAACUCCUCGCACUCCUGCGUUAUCUAAACGAACGAUUACAACUCUUCCACAUGACAACAGUGAUACAACAGCAGUUCAAUCAGCCAAUCGGCCAGUGCCAAGACGUACCAUGACAAUUGACAAUACUGAUCUUAGUGAUAGCAUAUCACGCACAGGUGAUAAUAAUCGUCAAAAACAAGACAACUACCGUUUGAUGUUAACGUUUGAUGCUAAUGAAUUUUUUUCAUUUGGUUCGCCACUUUCACUUAUACUUGCCUACAGAAGAUUACUAACUGAUAAUGUUGUGCGUCCUUAUUGCGGACAAUUAUAUAAUUUAUUUCAUGCAUGUGAUCCAAAUGCAUCUCGCAUUGAACCCUUAAUUCAAUCUCAAUUUAGCCAGAUACCACCUUGUUGCAUUCCUCGUUAUUCACAAUACCCAUUAGGCGAUGGAGAAUCGACGUUACUUGUUGAAUAUGUACAUCAAUAUUCAAGAUUAUUUUUACAAAAUGAAACGAAAAAUUCAACACUAGUAAAUGCGGCUCGACCAACGAAUGACAAUAAUUCCAUUAAUGCUGAUACAAUUUUUUCUAACAUUCGAGAAAUUUGGUGGGGUUCAAGACGUGUAGAUUAUGUUGUUUAUUGCCCGGAAUCUUUAAUGAGUCAGCCAGCACAUGUUCUGCCCAUUGUCUUCCAUUCAAGUUACUGGGAAUCUCGUGAUGUUGCAUCUUUUAUUUUACGAAAAAUUUCACGAAGACAAGAAAACUAUUAUUUUUAUAAUAAUCAAACGAGUAUAAAUCAUACGUCUUUUGCUCCCGAACAACCAACAGAACGUUGGUUACAUCGUACAACAGCUGUAAAAAUUCGAAAUUUAGCACCGAAUCAUCGUGGUAAUGAUACAAUGAUUGUGGAUACAAAACCGCAAACCAUCUAUGCGAAAUUUCACUAUGGGCCUAUCGAUAUGGUUUGUUUGGCGAAUGAAAAAGUUAAUAUUUAUGUUAUGAGAUCGGCUCCAUAUGGCGAAUGGAUAUUAUUGGACACGAUUGAAACAGAUACACACGGCCGCAUACGAUACACAAUAUCAGCAGAUAAAAGAUUACCAUUAGGUUUACAUCCUGUCAAACUUGUUGUUCGUGGUGAUCAUACAACAGUUGAUCUUUAUUUAACUGUACUGCCGCCGAAAAGUGAAGCAGUACUAUUUAGUAUCGAUGGUUCAUUUACAUCGAGUUUUUCUGUUAGCCACAAUGAUCCUAAAGUACGUCCAGGUGCUGUGGACGUUGUCAGAUUUUGGCAAGAACUUGGUUAUAUUAUUAUAUAUGUAACUGCACGUCCUGAUAUACAACAACGACGAGUUGUUCAUUGGCUUGCUCAGCAUAAUUUUCCUCAUGGCUUAACAUUAUUUAAUGAUGGAAUUUCUCGUGAACCAAUCAAACAUAAAUCGGAAAUGAUACGAAAUCUUGUUGAAAAUGCUGAUUUGACUAUUGUUGCUGCCUACGGUUCAUGUAAAGAUUUACCGUGCUAUCAAGCAAUUCAUGUACUCGCCGAACGAAUGUUUAUUGUUGGAAAGGCAAAAAAUCGCUUUCAAGGACAAGCGUCAUUUAUUGUCGAUGGUUAUGCUAUGCAUUUAGCUGAAAUUGCCAAACCUGGUAUAAUACGUGCAUCGAAAUCAAAUUCUCGUCAUUUAAUACGUCGUGCAUGUUUUAAUAUACCAAAAUUAUCUACAUCAUCAGCAGUAACAUCGACGACUCAAUCAUUAUCAUCGGCAAAUUCUUCGAAUCAAUCAAAUUCACCAACAUCCCAAUCUUAUACAUUCUCAACUUACAAUGCAACGACCGAUCCAUUGCCAUCAACACAUCGAAGAACAAGUUUACACGAUCAUUUAGUGGCUAGUGCAUUUCAAUCGAAAGAAGCACCUGCGAGAGGCAUAUCUCCUCGCAUUCUUCGCAACACAGCCACAGCUAAUAUUUACAAUCCCGCAUCAAUAGAAAAACUAUAA